AUGGCCCAACGGUUUCCUUCAGUCGCAGUUAUCGGGGCGACCGGGAACAUAGGUGGCCCCAUUCUCAGAGCAAUCCAGGAGGCCCAGCCACCGUUCCAGUCCAUCACGGUCCUUACCCGGUCGGCGAACCCCGGAGGCGCCUUUGGCCCCAAUGUCCACGUCGAAGUCGUCGACUACUCGUCCCGCGACUCCAUCGUCGCUGCCUUAAAAGGGGUUGACGCCGUCGUUUCCGCCGUCGCGCAGCAGUCCGUCGAGAGUCAGAAGACCGUCAUCGACGCUGCCGUUGAAGCGGGCGUCAAGUUCUUCAUCCCCUCCGAAUUUGGUCUGGCAAACACGCACCCUCUCCUGCAGCGGGACUUCCCCGACUACCGGGACAAGACGGAAAUCCAGGAGCAUCUCGAAGAGUACCGGCAGCAGGGCAAAAUCGAUUAUGCCCUUAUGUUCGUAGGCUUGUGGCUCGAUUGGGGCAUCGAUGGCUUUGUGCUGGACCUGAAGGCCAAAAGGGUGGCGCUAUGGGAUGGUGGCGAGCGCCCCAUAUCCAUGACUACCUUGCCCAGCAUCGGCAAUGCAGUCGUCGGUGUCCUGGAGGGCAGAGUCAACGGGAAGAGAGAAGUUAGGGUGAAGGACAUCAACAUCAGCCAGAAGCGUCUUUACGAGCUGGCCACCGAAGUGGUUGGCAAGGACGGCUGGGAUGUGAAGGCGAUUGAUACCGCCGAGGCCAAAGCGCGCGCAAGCGAGAAGCUUAGCCAGGGCACGGCUGGUCUCCACGACAUGUAUGCCUUCGUGUGCCGCGCCUGCACGGCUCCCGAGUACGGCCAGCCGUGGAAGCCUGACGAGGACGACAGCGAGAGCGUUGGCCUCAGGGCCUGGACAGAGGAUGACGUGAGGGAUCUCAUUCGCAAGGUUGCGGGCUCAGAGUGA